AUGUCAACGCCCAUCAGUACCCCUUCCUCAGGGGGUCCUUCGACUCCACUGAACAGGCUGCAUGUCCACUCAUCGAUCGCUUCACACUUGUCCACGGAAUUAUCAUUGCUCCAGACGUUGCUCCUCAGAGCGAGGGAUCAACAUCGUACGCAGCUGUUCUUGAGGAGGAUGCACGAGGUGUUAAGGAUCGGAAAGAUACUGCUCAAAUAUGUGAGGGAGACAUCGAGCGUCCACACGGAUGAGAGUGGAUGGGAGACGAGAAGGUCAACAGGAGAACGAUUGAUAUAUCGUAUGGUCAAAUCAUUAUUUACUGCCCAACGCUUUACAUCCCAAAUAAUCGAAUUACAUCACUUCUUACCUCUUCAAGCUAGCGUGUUGGCUAUCUACUCUAGGUUAUUCACGAUAAGCAUGAAUAUCGCAAGUGGCCUGGGAAUGGAUAUAGAUCAAGUGAUUCAACAUGGUGGUCAAUUGAACUGUCAGAAGAAAAAGAAGUUGAGGAUUGUCAAUGUCGACGACGAACGAGAUAGGAUUGGAGAGGUGAUUUUGAGUGAUACUACAAAAGGUCUGGGCGAAGACAUGGGUAUACAUGGGAUUGAACUGGGUGAAAAAAUCGAACGAUCUUCGAUGACACCUCAAGGGAUAGGAAGUUCCGCUCCGGCAUCUCGAUUUCAGUCACCUCUACCGAUUUCAAGUAGCAAGCGGUCCAGCGCAUCAUCCACUCAGGUUCCAUGCCGUGCGGCUCCGACAAUACAGUCUCCAUCACGUAUUCUCCCAGCGCGAUAUGAACUUGGAGAAGAUGACGCCAAUAUUUCCUCACAGGAUCCCGAGACUCCGAAAUCUGGGAGGAUUUCCAACGACUAUGAAUCAGCAAAAGACGGAAGAGCGGACGGUAUACUGAAGAAAAAGAAGAGACGAUCACAUGAUAUGGAUUUCAUAUUCGAUUCCGUCUCUUCCCCUGCUCAGUCACCAAACAUGAAUGACGGAGGAUCGUUAAAAGAUCCGAAUGAACCAAAAAAGAAGAAGAAAAUAGCUAGUACAGCAGUGGAAGCGAAGUUGGACAAACCGAAAAAGAAGAAGAAGAAGCAAGAUGCUAUGGACGAUAUCUUUGGGUUUUAG